AACGUUAUGUCUAUUGUGACCGAAAUGGUUGCGAAUAUUUUUUUUUGUUUGUUUUUCAUUCGUUCGAAUGUUCACCGCAUGUGAGCCUCUCCCAGGUUUUUUCGAUUCCAUUUCGAUUCUAUUUUUGGAAAAUUUUUUGAUCAAACCGAAACAAAUCAAUCAAUCAAUCAUGUUCACCGAUAUUAUUCAACGAUUAUCUUCAACAACAACAACAUUAUUAUUACCAUCAACAAGAUCAAUUCAUUUAUCAAUAAUAACAUAUGCAUCACCAUUACGUAAGAAAAAAAUUGUAAAUCCAUUAACAACUCGAAAACAAUUUGAACGUAAAGUACGACGUUUGGAACGUGAAAUUAAUCGUCUAGAAUCAAUACCAUUAAAAUUAAAACCAAUUUUGGAACAACAAUUACCACCAAAUGUUGUACGUGAAUUAAAUGAACGUAAACGUACAAUAACGAAUGAUGAACGUAAUCAAUUGGAUAAAAUGCAUGUAUAUUUGAAUAAAAUUUUAUCAAUUUAUCGUGGUAUUGAAACUCGUGAAGAAAUGCGUCUAAUUAAACUAGCGGCUGAUUCACAACAAAAAGCCUUAAACAUUUUACAACGUGAUUAUCCUGAACUUUAUACGGAAGCAAUUCAAAUUGAUCAAAAUUUAAUACCAUAUCAGAUUAAUAAUGUUAAAAAACAAACAGCACCAAAUCCAUCAUCAUAUAAAUGUCCAGAUGGCCGACAACAAGAUAUAACAAAAGAAUGGCGUCUUUAGAUUAGUUUAUUUAUCAAUGUUAUUUCAAUGUAAGAAUUUAUUUCAAAUCAAUUCGGUGGUUGUUGUUGUUGUUGUUGUAAAUUUUGUAAUAAACGACGAAGUUUUAUUGCACGAUGUUUCAGCGUUGAUUCUUCUUCAAUCAACAUUGCAAUACGAUCUUGA